AAGACAGCUUUAGAGUUGCAGAUGUCAACUGUGGCCUUUCUAAGCACCCUGAUAUCGCCAGUGCCAGCCAUCCAGACAAGACAGUAAGGACUGCUAAAAUCAUAGGGGAUGAAUAUUUUACAUGCACAUGUGGCUGGUGGCUGUCAUGUUACUGGAAGGUGGAGGGAGCUAUGACACAAAUUUAAUUAAAAGGGAACUAUUUUAGUUUUGGAAGUCAGAAUGCCAAGGAAAAGGAAAAGUCUUGGGGGAACUCCUUUGCGGAAGACUGCAAACUCUCGGGAAAUUGUCGUGUCCCGUGUUGCUGGUCAUGAGGAGCCAGCCACUACUCUUCCUUCCAUGUGUGAGACAAAAAUUGAUCAGGAGGAACUCUUCACCAGUAUCUCAGAGAUGUUUUCUGCUCUGGAUCCUGAUGUAGUGUAUUUGAUGCUUUCUGAAUGUGAUUUUAAAGUUGAAAAUGCCAUGGACUGUCUAUUAGAAUUAUCUGCUGCUGAUGCCAAGAUGGAAGAGUCACCUUCACAAACUUGUGUUGCUUGUGAGGACAGGCCAGGUGUGUCAGGAAAUGCAGCAGUGGAGAUGCGUCCUCCUGAAGACGACGGCGAGGAUUCAAAACUGGAUUCAUUUUUGGAUAUGCAGCUAACUGAAGACUUGGAUUCUUUAAUACAGAAUGCUUUUGAGAAAUUGAACUCGUCUCCUGAUGACCAAGUAUAUUCAUUUUUGCCUUUGCAGGAUGCUAAGAAUUUUAAUGACCCUUCUACCUUUAUGAGUUCAGAUUCAAAUGGUAUGACCCCUGUUCUUUCUGUACAGAAUACAGGGUCAAAUAGUGAAAUUCUUCACAAUUCUGCUGCUUCACCAGGUUCAAACCCACUGACUUCACAAAAUUCAGUUUUGAGUGAGCCUGAAAGUUUCACAAAGGGUAGCACACUGCCAUUAGAAGGUAGUUUCCCAGAAGGUCCACCUCUCAGUAACUCUUUAAAUCCAACAAAUGACUCUGCUCUAGGUUGUGGCAAUUUUAGCCCAAGACAGAAAGAUCUUUUAGAACCGGGGUGUCCUAGUGUACAACAUUCUCAAACCCCUGUAGAUCUGGGUACCAGUGAACCUCAGGUUCCUUCAAAUCUUCCUCUGCAAAGUGCAGGUCGUGAUUUACCAGGUACCACUGGGGAUCAGAAAUCUGCUUCUAUGCCUGAUGUUUUUGUACCCUCUGAAGGGUUCAGCUUCAAGCCACACAAACAUCCUGAACUGCCACCAAAGGGGAAGGAUAUGAAUUACUGCCCAGUUCUUACCCCUCUCCCUUUACUCCUUCCUCCUCCGCCACCUCCACCAAUUUGGAACCCCAUGAUUCCUGCUUUUGACCUCUUUCAAGGAAAUCAUGGCUUUGUAGCACCUGUUGUAACCACAGCUGCACACUGGAGACCUGUCAACUACACAUUUCCACCCUCCAUGAUCUCCCAUACUUCCCCAACAAAAGUAUGGAGAAACAGCGAGGGAACAAGUCCUUAUCAAGUGCAAGAGGGCCCAGUGUCCCAGCCUGUGAGGAAGAAAACCACAUCUUACGUUGGCUUAGUUCUCGUGCUUCUCAGAGGGCUGCCAGGCUCGGGGAAGUCCUUUCUGGCAAGGACUUUGCAAGAGGAUAACCCAAGUGGAGUCAUUCUUAGUACUGAUGAUUAUUUUUAUAUAAACGGACAGUACCAGUUUGAUGUAAAGUACUUAGGAGAAGCCCAUGAAUGGAACCAGAAUCGAGCAAAAGAAGCAUUUGAGAAGAAGGUAUCUCCAGUAAUCAUAGAUAAUACAAACCUCCAGGCAUGGGAAAUGAAGCCAUAUGUUGCUUUGUCUCAGAAGCAUAAAUAUAAGGUCCUUUUCCGGGAACCAGACACAUGGUGGAAGUUCAAACCAAAAGAACUUGCAAGGCGUAACAUUCAUGGAGUAAGCAAAGAGAAAAUAGCCAGAAUGCUGGAGCACUACCAACGUUUUGUGUCGGUGCCGAUAAUAAUGAGUUCCUCAGAUCCUGAGAGAAUGGAGCGGAUUGAGUUGUGUGCGUACUCUUGUGAGGACAGAAGUGCUAGCCCAAGAGACAACGAAGUUGUUACCUCUGAAAAAGAAGAAAAUGUGUUACCCACAUCUUCGAAGCACUUAGAGUUAAUUGAGGAGAAGACACUUGACAUGGCCAAAGAAGCAGUGUUCCCAGAGAGUGCUACUCCUAUCCCUCGUGCAGGUUUAGACAGAGGAAGAAAGGAAAUGAGUGCUGUGGGUCACAGUGUACACAGCCCCUUCUUGCGGGAAGCCCCAAACACCUGUUUUCCUCACUCUGAAUGCAGAGGUCAAGCCACAGACAAGAGUGAGAAAGAGCAAGACACACUAGUGUCUAAAGAGCAUGCUGAAGCAGAUGCUUGGAGUCGAACAGAUGGAGCAUCAUCAGGUAGUUACUGUGCUGAGAAUAAUCAAGAAGCCAGUGAGCUUGCAAGUGCUGGGACAGGGACACUUCAAAGUGGAAAUCCCUCACCUCCUGAAAUACUGGAAGAAAGAACAACAGGAAAGAAAAAGACCAUUGGAAAACAAAAAAGCAAAUCAUCUUUGGAAAAGUUUCCAAAACAUGAGCCAUCAAAUUUUGUUGGUGACUGGCCAGUUGAUAAGACAAUUAGCCAGAGGACCAAAAGGAACCGGAAAACUGAAAAAGGUUUAUCUGUACAAAAUGACAAAAAAUGUAAUCGCCCUCAGUCGCACAAAGUGUUAGAUACUAGGGUGUCUGUGAAUACAGAUCAUAUCCAGCAGCGAGGAUCUCCACAUGGGAAUGAUGGUCUUUCAGAAGUGUCCAGUAGCUGUCAGUAUGAUACUUUUGAAAGUACUGAGCAAACCUCAUUCAGCCUUGUGGGUGACUGGCCCUCAUCUGCUUCUUUAGCUCAGAGAGAGCACAGAUCAAGAAUACAAAAAGCUGGCUUAAAUGAACCCAACUUAGAAUUUGGAACUAAUGACAACAUGGGUGAAAUACCUUUGUAUCCCACACAUGAGGCCUAUUGGGGCACAAGCCCCGAAGAAUUGAAAUCUCUGGGUUCUACCCUUCGAAGAUCUGAGAUGCUGCCUCAUAAAACAACUCAUGAGAAUCAGACUUCCCUGAGUAAAAUGGUUCCAAGCCAGCACACACUGCCUCUUCCCUUUUCCAGUAGUGCAGCAGCUCUUCCUGGAGUUGUGGGACCUCAGUCUCUAGCAGUGGGAGUGUGUGGGGUUGUCUCUGGGGUAGACACAAGUACAUGUGCCCAGACUGAGCCCCAAGAUUUUGCUCUCUUGUGGAAACUAGAAAAGAAUAAAAUCAGUGUUUCAGAUUCUGUCAGAGUGCUAACAGGAAAGUUAGAUGGGUUUAAGCCAAAAGAUUUUCCUGUUGAUACCAAAUUAAAUGUUCAAGAAGCAAUUCCAUACAGAGUAAUGCAUGAUAAAAGUACAUAUGUGGAAGAGAGUGAGCUUACCAGUGCCGACGAGUCUGAGAAUCUUAACAUCCUUUGUAAACUAUUUGGAUCAUUUUCCCUAGAAGCCCUGAAAGACUUAUAUGAGAGAUGUAAUAAAGAUAUUAUUUGGGCCACAAGCCUUUUGUUGGAUUCUGAGACAAAAUUAUGUGAGGAUACUGAGGUUGAGAAUCCCCCCAAAUCCUAUGAUGAGUCACAAGUUGGGCCAUUUUCUAUGGGGUUAGAUUUGAAGGAAAUUAUUAGCCACAAAGGAACCUCAGAAAAUUCUAACUCUUGUGUGUCAGAGUUUAAUACUGGCGUUGGUGUCAGGAACACUAAUGCACAGUCUGGUGGUGGUGCAGAAAAGGGGAGAGCAAAGCAGGAAGAGAUAAGAGCUGUAAAUCCUGGAAACCCCGAAUUAAUAACCAGAAUAUUUCCCAAUGCUGCUGUCAAUGCAAAGAAUAGUAAUGAAAUAUUUCCUAACAGUCGUGCUGAAUUGUCAGGUGCGUACAGCUGUAAGCGGUCUCUUCCACCUACUCCAAAAUCUAAUGUUCUUAAAGAUGUCAGUGAAGUAGAAAAGAAUCUAGUAGCCACAGAGACUAGAGGCAGUAUUCAUUCUUUUUUAAAUUUAUCUGAUAUUAUAAACUCUGCAAGGAGCACUUCAAAUCCUGAAUUAAAUGAAGGAGUUUAUCUUACUGGCUCUUUGGAAGCAAAGAAAAAUGAAAAUCUUCCUGCGGAUUUUGUGAAAUUUGGAGACUUGGAAGAAUUUAUCAGUGAUGAUAAACGGGAAAUGGAGAAAAUUCUGAUGCCAGGAACUAGUUUGUCAGCUGGAGUUAGUGAAGAGGAUAAAACUGAGGUAGUGAAUCCCACACCAGUGAUGGCCAAAUCUCUGACCAUAGACUGUCUGGAGUUGGCAUUACCCCCUGAGCUGGCUUUCCAACUUAAUGAAUUAUUUGGCCCAGUUGGUAUUGAUUCAGGGUCUUUAACAGUUGAGGAUUGUGUGGUUCAUAUAGAUCUGAAUCUGGCUAAAGUGAUUCAUGAGAAAUGGAGAGACUCUGUAAUGGAGCGACAGAGACAGGAGGAGGUGUCUUGUGGCAAGUGUGUGCAAGAUCCUUCGCUGGCUGGACCUGCUGUUCUUGAUAAUUCUGAACAAAAAUCAUCUCAGAAAGCAGGCAAAAAAUUAUUGAAGACUUUAGUGGCACCUGAGACAUUGGAUCCUUGGAACACUCAAACAAAAAAAGUUUCACUGAGAGAAAUAAUGUCAGAAGAAAUCGCCUUACAGGAAAAACAUGAUUUGAAAAGGGAGACACUUAUGUUUGAAAAAGACUGUGCCACUAAACUAAAGGAGAAGCAGCUCUUUAAAAUAUUCCCAGCCAUUAACCAAAAUUUCCUGGUGGACAUUUUUAAAGAUCACAACUAUUCCCUGGAACACACGGUACAGUUUCUAAACUGUGUUCUUGAAGGAGACCCUGUGAAAACAGUUGUAGCUCAAGAAUGUGUUCAUCAAAAUGAGAAUAUCACUUCUCAUGCUGCUCUGAAAUCGAAAGAGAAAAAGGCAAAGAAACUAAGAGAUACUGACGAUAUCCCAGGUGAGCCCUCUUUCCAGGAUUUUGAGUACCCUGAGUAUGAUGACUACAGGGCAGAGGCUUUCCUGCACCAGCAGAAGAGGAUGGAGUGCUACAGCAAGGCCAAGGAGGCCUACCGCAUGGGGAAGAAGAAUGUGGCCACCUUUUAUGCCCAGCAGGGCAGUCUUCAUGAGCAGAAGAUGAAAGAAGCCAACCACCUUGCUGCUGUGGAGAUCUUCGAGAAAGUCAAUGCCUCUCUGCUGCCACAGAAUGUCCUAGACCUCCAUGGGCUGCAUGUGGAUGAAGCGAUAGAGCAUUUGACGGCAGUUUUACAGCGGAAAACUGAAGAAUUUAAGCAGAAUGGUGGUAAACCCUAUCUUUCUGUGAUUACGGGGAGAGGAAACCACAGCCAGGGAGGAGUUGCUCGCAUCAAGCCAGCUGUCAUUAAAUACCUCACAAGCCACUGCUUCAGGUUUUCUGAAAUUAAGCCUGGGUGCUUGAAAGUCAUGCUGAAGUGAACUUUACAGGCCCUUUAGAGGCAGGAAGGUUUACAGACUGGGAUUGGUUUAUGUGCAGUGAUUCAGUCAAUUCUGCUCUCACGUGUUCAUUAGGAAUAUAAAACAAGAAAAAUGUCUUUCUGAAUCCAAGGAAAGCUUUUUUUCUGGAUCAAAUGCCAAUCUAUUGCUUAUUAAAACAUUAAAAAGAAUUUUUAUUGAUUACAAAAUCUCUAAAAAAAUUAUCACCUGCAGGUUAAAAGUCUUAAGUGGUCUAGUUCAUUCUUAGGAAGAACCCCAAAACAAAAACUGCUGCUGCUGUUGACGACUGUUUCACGUUUAGAAAGUCCUGUAGACGUGUGUGAGGGGCAGUGUGCUUUGAAACCGGGUUCCUGGCUCUGGAUAGACUGUUAAAAGUAGUAAAGGAGGAAGGUGAUUGGCAGAACAUGGGAUUCUUACUGCUUUCGAAGCCUAUCACAGAGUCUUGGACGUUGCUGUAGUGUAGAGGGGUUGGUCUUUCUCUGUGACUCUGAUCUUGAUCCCUUCCCUUCUGGACUGUUCUGAGCCAUGCAUUUUCUGGGAGGAAAGCUGGGUCUGAGACUGACUUGCAGUCUCAUAGCUUCCACAGAUAGUAGACAUUUCAGAGAAGGAGAAAUCCUUACAGGACUGCUUAUGGAGCUGUCUGUGAGUGGUUCCAUACAGUGCUAAAUGGCUGUUUUAUACUUGAGACAUCAUUUCUAAGCUAUUCUAAGUCAAAAACCUUAUUGACUUAAGUGUGAAAACAUUUUUUUGGUAUAACUGUAAAAGAAACCCUUGUAAUUAGGAAAAUUUUUUACCUUUAUUUUGAAAAGGAGCCAACUUUCUGAAAGAAAAGUCUCAUUGACUUCUGUUGGACUAGUGUUCUAUUAGUAUGUUAAUUCUCAUUUCCUUUAUACAGACUUGUAUGGUGAACUGUAAUUUUUCUAUGAGACAGUAGUUAAAAUAAAUUUAACUUUGGAUAUACAGAGUAUUUUCAACAUAUACAGUGUUUGCAAACAAUUAUGUUGUUUUUUAUUUAGCUUACAAAAUCACCUUCAUCAGGAAUGUGGCAUUGCCCUGACAGAAUGAACUCCCAAAGAACAGACAUGGUAAUGGGAAUAAAACUCAGAACCACGUUCUUACAUCUUGUGAAUCAUGCUUUUUUAAAGAAGAGCCUUACCAUUGAAUUUUAUUUCCAUAAAAACAAAAAUAUAUGUUUAUUACCUACAAAUGGUUAGUGAUUAUUGAUAUUCAAGUAUUUAUAUUUUUAGACUUGUAAUAAUUUGUUUUAAAAAUUGCAGUAGUGUAUCACACUGUUUUUGGUAAUGCUCAGAAGUGUUAUAUAUAU